AAAACCAAGAUAGCUAUAUAUAUAGGUGGAAACAUCAUAUGAAUUGAGAGCAUCACUUCUUUGAUGGAACUGAUAAAAGUAUUACACAUUUCUUUUGCAUUUUUCUUCUUGUUCUUUUCAAUUAAUUGUCAAGGUCAUCCUCUAGACCCUCUUAAUCCUGAUGAAAUCAACAAAAUUAGAGUCAUUAUCCAAAAAUCCAACCUUUCCAAUGUAACAUUUUAUUAUGUAGAUCUUGAUGAACCAGAAAAGAAUGAUGUCCUGCAUUGGCUUUCAAAUCAUAAGUUACACAAUGCCUCUUUUCCUUAUCGUCAAGCCAGGGUAGUAGUUCGCGCUAAUGGUGAGUCAUGUGAACUCACACUAGACUUGGCUACUAGCUCUAUCAUAUCACAAAAAUUGUACUCAGGUCAUGGAUUUCCUCCUUUUACUUCCAAUGAAGCUAUACAGUCUAGCAUCCUGCCAUUGAGUUAUCCUAAAUUUCAAGAAUCGAUUUCACGGAGGGGCUUGAAUAUAUCUGAAGUCAGCUGCAUACCACUAUCAGUUGGAUGGUUUGGUCAGGCAAAGACCAUUAGAGUUCUUAGUCUUCCAUGUUUUUAUAGCGGAGGGACUACUAACAUUUGGGCAAGGCCUAUUGAAGGAAUCACUAUACUAGUAGAUGUUGAAUCAAUGAAGAUCAUCGAGUAUUUGGAUAGAUUCAGGACCCCCUUGCCUGAAGCAAAAGAUGCUGAUUUCAAUUCGUCGAGCCAGGGAUCAGUUACUUGCAAUGAAACUGGAUCCUCCAGGAUAAACAUCCAUGGUCAUGAAGUUAGUUGGGCUAAUUGGAAACUUCACGUUGGAUUCAAUACUAGAGCAGGGAUGAUCAUAUCUACAGCUUCUAUAUUUGAUGCUGUGAGAAAUGAAUAUCGACAUGUGCUUUAUAGAGGUCAUGCCUCUGAGAUAUUCGUGCCUUACAUGGAUCCUACGUUUGAAUGGUACUACAGGACAUUUUUUGAUAUUGGUGAAUAUGGUUUUGGGAGAGCGGCUAGUACCCUUGUCAAGUCGUUGGACUGUCCAAACAAUGCAGUGUAUAUGGAUGGUUACAUGGCUGAUUCAGAAAGUCAAGUAGUACAAGUCCCUCGAGCUAUUUGCAUUUUUGAACGAUAUGCUGGUGAUGCUGCAUGGAGGCAUACAGAAAACGAAAACACCAAGGGACAGAAAGAAGUUAACUUGGUGAUCAGAAUGGUAGCAACAGUUGGAAAUUAUGACUAUAUACUUGAUUGGGAGUUCAAACAAAGUGGAUCCAUUAAAGUUGGAGCAAGUCUAACAGGGAUUAUGGAGAUGAAGGCUGUGAAAUACACGAACAAUGAACAAAUAAACCAGGAUGUUUACGGUACCCUUGUGGCAGAAAACACAAUUGCAGUGAACCAUGAUCAUUUCCUUAUGUACCGCAUUGAUCUUGAUGUGGAUGGUAGUGAAAAUUCAUUCUUGAAAGCCAAACUGAAAACUACAAGAGUGAAAGAUCAGAAAAUGUCACCAAGGAAGAGUUAUUGGAGUGUUAUUAAAGAAACAAUGAAAACAGAAUCUGAAGGCAGGACACAAAUUGGGAUUGAAGCAGCUGAAUUGUUGUUUGUUAAUACUGAAAAAAAGAGUAAAAUUGGAAAUGAAGUAGGUUAUAAGCUAAUUCCAAGUAGACCAACAAUGUCUUUGUUAACAGAUGAUGAUUAUCCUCAAAUUAGAGCAGCUUAUACUAAGUAUCAACUGUGGGUGACUCCUUACAACAAGUCAGAGAGAUGGGCUGCUGGAUUUUAUGCUGAUAGAAGUCAUGGUGAUGAUGGUCUCACAGUCUGGAGUGGAAGGAAUAGAUCAAUUGAAAAGAAGGAUAUUGUGCUAUGGUACACACUUGGAUUCCAUCAUGUACCUUGCCAAGAAGAUUAUCCUAUAAUGCCAACACUCUAUGAUGCUUUUGAGCUCCGUCCAACAAAUUUCUUUGAAAGAAACCCAUUGUUGGACUAUAUUUUCCAUAAGAUUCCAACAAUUCAUUGUGUAAAAAUGGUUUCUUUGAAAAUCCUGUUAUGGUUUGUCUCAAUUUAUGUUACAUUUAUUAGCUCUUUCUGUCAAGAAACUACAAAUAUUGUCCCUCUUGGUUCCAAUCUCACAGCUGGAACUGAAUCUUCACACUGGCUUUCAUCCUCUGGAGAUUUUGCUUUUGGUUUCUACCAUCUUAACACUACUGGACUCUUCCUUGUUGGCAUAUGGUUUGAUAAAAUCCUCGAUAGACCUCUCGUUUGGUCAGCCAAUCGCGAUGAUCCAGUUCAUGCUGGAUCAAAGGUUAAUCUGACGUUGAGUGGACGCCUCGUGUUGACAGAUACUAAUGGUAGAGAGUUUGUUUUGUACAAUGGCACAGGCACUAGUCAUGCUGCUAUGCAAGACGAUGGAAAUUUCGUCCUGAAAAAUUCAUCCUCAGGUGUCUUGUGGGAAAGCUUUGAUUUUCCAACAGAUACAAUUUUGCCUGGUCAACAUCUUGAUAUGGGGCAGGCGCUGUUUUCCAGUGCCAAUGGGACAGUAGAUUACUCGACGGGGAAGUAUAGACUAGAGGUGCAGAAGAGCGAUGGGAAUGUCGUCUUGUCUGCAUAUAGAACUGCUGAUAUUGGCUACUGGAAUUCUAUAACUGCAAACAAUAAUAAUGUAAGACUCGUCUUCGACAACAACAGUGAUACUUUGUUCAUUACAAACGGAAGCUCAAUCAUAUCCAACAUGACAUUGACAGCGAACUUGGCUGAUUCAGUUCGAGAUUAUUACCACAGAGCUAUGAUCACUGAUAAAGGAGAUUUCCAACAGCUCUUCCACAGAAAAGUAAAUGGGAGCGGUUGGAAUAUUGCGAUGCAAGUUAUCGUGAAGCCUUGUAUUGUGAAUAACAUUUGUGGUGUAUAUGGCUUUUGCCAAUCACCUGAUAAUAAGGAAGUCAAUUGUAGUUGCUUGCCAGGCUAUUCUCCAAGGGAUCAGUACAAUCCAUCUAAAGGAUGUUAUCCGAAUGAAAUGAAAGAUUAUUGUGAUCCGAAUUCUUCCCUUUCGGAUGUCUACGUUGAAAGGAUCUCUAAUACUGAUUUCCCUAAUAGGAUGUAUUCUGAACUAGAAAGGGUAUUUGAAACUACAGAGGAGCUUUGCAGGCAGGAAGUGUUGAAUGAUUGUCUUUGUGAGGCAGCUGUGUUUAAUGAUUCAACAUGUUUCAAGAAGAGGAUGCCAAUACAGAAUGCCAGAAGUAUUAAUCCUGAUACAAAUAACAUGGUUGCGUUUCUUAAAAUUAGCAACUCUUCGAAAACUCAAAGCAAAAAGCACCCUGUAUCAAAGGGUGUUUUGGUAGCAGGUGUGACAGUAUGUUCAGUACUCGCUCCGCUUUUUGCAGCAAUUGCUAUAUAUUAUCACCCCUUUGUGAAGAAAUAUAGAGAUGCCAAAACCCCUCCUAAAAGAAAGGCAAUUGAGAUGAAUUUAAGGGCAUUUUCGUUCCAGCAGCUGCACGAAGCUACCAACGGUUUCAAGAAUAAAUUAGGCCAAGGAGCUUCUGGUGCUGUUUAUAGCGGAUUUCUCAACACCAAAAACCUGGUACAUUUGUUAGGCUUCUGCAAUGAAAAAAGCAACAGGCUUGUUGUAUAUGAAUUAAUGAAAAAUGGGGCUGUGUCAAAUAUUAUCUUUUGCGAUGGACAAAAACCAAGAUGGAAGCUAAGAUGUGACAUACUACUUGACAUUGCCAGAGGCCUGUUAUACUUGCAUGAAGAGUGCGAGAACCAGAUCAUUCAUUGCGACAUUAAGCCACAAAAUAUCCUUCUUGACAAGAACAACAUUGCAAAAAUUGCUGAUUUUGGUCUUGCAAAGCUUCUUAUGAAAGACCAGACGCGAACAAACACGAAUUUUAGAGGAACCAUGGGUUAUAUGGCACCAGAAUGGCUCAAAAACGUGCCCGUCACAACCAAAGUUGACAUCUACAGCUUUGGUGUUUUGCUGCUUGAGAUUAUUUUCUGCCAAAGGCACAUGGACUUGAACCCAAUCAGCCAAGAAAAUGAAGAGCUCGAGUUGAUCUUAGUAGAUUGGGUUCUUCAUUGCGUGAGAAACGAGAAGCUGAGAGCUGUUGCUACUCUUGAUGAAGAAAUUAUGUUACAUUUUAACAAUUUUGAGAGGAUGACUAUGGUUGGCCUAUGGUGCUUGUGUCCUGAGCCGAAUCUACGACCAUCUGCAGCAAAGCUAGUUCAGAUGUUGGAAGGAACUAUAGAACUAGGUGUUCCUCCUAUGGUUGAUACAACUAUAUGAGUCAUUUUCUGUAUUAUCUUGUAAUUUUUUCAACAAUUAAGUGUCCUUCUGUUUUAUUAGUCAUUAGACCUAGUUGAAUUUCAGUGUUUUUUCUCAUAAUUCUCUGGUGCAAAAGUUUGUGUUGUUUCUCUCAAGUGAGCUACACUUUUCCUUC